AUGGCGCGCGAGGGGCGGCGGGCGGAGCCGGCCCGCGAGCUCUGGGCGCUGAGCGCCACGCCCCGCCCCCCGCUGCGGGAGGGACGGCUCUGCCGGGCUUCGCAAGAUGGCGGCGGCGCAGACGCGCCGGCGUACGGAGCUCCUCCGUCACGCCAGGGCCGGCGGGAAGUGAGGUUCUCAGAGGAACCGCCAGAGGAGUACGGCGACUUCGAACCCCGGGUGGCCAAAGGAAGGUCCCUGGUGGGAAGACGAACCCCGCCAGAGGAGUUUCGGCCGGAUUCUGCAAAGGAGGAAGCCAAAGAAAGCGCCUACUACCUUCGGUCUCGGCAGCGGAGGCGGCCCCGACCCCAAGAAGCCGAGGAAGAGAUGAAGACUCAAAGAUCCAAUGCCAGCCCGCAGCAGCCUCAGAGUCCGCUACAGCCGUCGCCGGUUAGGACCAGAAGAGGUCGGCAGGACCCUCUCUCCUCCGAAGAGGAUGAACCAUCUUCUCCAACUGUUAAAAACCAAACACUCUCAAAGAAAACUGUCAGAACACAAGAAGCUCCAGUGACCGAUGAAGAUCCUAUAAUUAGCCUAACGAGACCCCCUCUAAGAAGCAGAAGAUUUGAUUCAGCAUACAGAACAAAUGAAAACAGUGAAAUGAAUGAAUUAGAAACCUCCAGUGUCGAACGGAAGGUCAAUUUCUCUGAAGAAGGAGAAACUGAAGAUGACGACGACCAAGACGGUUCUUACAGUGAUGUCACUACUGUUAAGGUCAGAUCCGGGGAUUCUGUUGAAUCUGGAGGACAAGACUCCACAGCUCAUACUAAGCAAUCUUCCGUGCUGAGCUCAGGAUAUCAAAAAAACCCUCAAGAAUGGUUUGAACAGCCGGUCAGAAUGAGGACUAGGAUGCAGACAUCUUCACCACUCAAGAGUUCGAUACGUGGCCGUUUUUCAGAUGGUGACAGCGUUCAGGUGUCAGAGCGUAGAAAUCAGUCUCCAUCAUCUUUGAACAAACAAGUAGCUGAACAGCCCCAAAAUGAAUAUUUUUUGAAGAGGAAGUGGUUUUGGUUGCCGGUAAUUUUGGUUCUGAUAAUUUUUGGCUUUGUAUACUAUUCGUUUAUUCAUCGUCCUGAGGAAGAAACUAGAGCUGUUCAAAUGUUCCAAGACCAAAUGAAACAACUGAGGAAAAAGUACCAAGGUCAAGAUGAGAAGCUAUGGGAAAGAAGCCUAACAUUCCUUCAAAAACAUCUUAAUAGCUCCCAUCCUCGGCCUCAGCCUGCUAUCUUGCUGCUCACUGCUGCCCAAGAUGCUGAAGAAGCACUUAAGUGUCUGAGUGAACAAAUUGCUGAUGCCUAUUCUUCCUUUCGUAGUGUCCGUGCCAUCCGGAUUGAUGGGACAGGCAAAGCUGCUCAAGACAGUGAUGUUGUCAAACUGGAGGUAGAUCAGGAAUUGAGCAGUGGUUUUACAAAUGGCCAGAAUGCAGCUGUGGUGCACCGCUUUGAAUCACUGCCUGCAGGUUCUACUUUGAUCUUUUAUAAAUAUUGUGACCAUGAAACUGCAGCCUUCAAAGAUGUAGCGUUAAUCUUGACUGUCUUGUUGGAAGAGAAAACCCUUGGAACCAGUCUAGGCCUAAAGGAAAUUGAAGAAAAAGUGAGAGAUUUCCUCAAAGUUAAGUUCACCAACUCCAACACCCCCAGUUCCUAUAAUCAUAUGGACCCAGACAAACUGAAUGGGCUUUGGAGCCGUAUUUCUCAUUUAGUCCUGCCUGUGCAACCUGAAAAUGCUCUGCAAAGGGGCAUCUGUUUGUAAGGGGUGAAAGAAGAGAAAAAAAAUCAUGUCUUAAAUUCUGAGAAAUUUCCAGACUUUUUUUUUACCAGAGACUGAAUUCAAAGCAUUUUUGAAUGAACUGGUUUCUUUUUAAAAGAAGUGAAAUUCUUAUAACAACAUGAAACAUCUAAAUCAUUUAUUCAUCCUAGUUAUCUGUGACUUAAAGAGAAUCACUUCUCUAUUUCUAGAGAGAGCAAUGUUAGGUAUUUAGAGGAGUACAAAUAAUUUGCAUUCCCAUCAGGGGUCUGUUUUGAUUCUGGGCAGUCAUUGCUCUAGUGUGAAUUGUUUGCAGGAUUAGGCUCCUUUCCUAUCAGUCAGCCUUGUUUUUUAACUAAGUGUAGAUUUUUUAAGUUUGUUAUUAAGGCAGCUCUUUUACUGUAACCAUGAGUUUUCCUGUUGUUUUCUAUUACAUCAUUUAGGUCUAAGUUCCUUAGCAUCUGCUUAUAGGAACAAAAAUAAUGAAAGGUCAUCUGCAUUUGUGUUUAGGUUUUUUUUUUUUUUUUUUCCCUUUGUUUUUGGAAGGCAGAGAGGAGAAGGGAAGGGAAAAGGGGAAUUAUAGGAUGAAUAAAGAAGGAAAUGGAAAGAUGAAAAAAUUCUCCAAGAUGAAAUGUUACAAUAAGCCAUUGAAAGGUAGGUUAGUGAAGUAUCUAAACCCAUAUCUUGGUGAGUUCUACUGGGAUUUUUUUGUAUUUAUUCUGUCAAAAUUUUUUUUGUAUUUUUUUCUUCCUCUAAUAUAUGGUUUAUAUAUUUAGAAGGCUUAAUUAUAUUUGUAUUUUUCCUCUAAUAUAUAGUCUAUAUAUUAGAAGGCUUAAUUAUAGUUGCUCAUUUGACUCUAAAGGUAAAUUCAGAACAGUUUAUUUUAUAUAAAUCCAAAGUUUUUAUUUUGAAUUAAGAAAUAACAGUUUCAGAAACUUGUCAGCCAUUUGUUAACCUGCUAUCCUGGGCUGUUGAAGGAUUUAAUUUUCGUCUGCUUGUUGCAGUCUUAAGUCCUUUAAUCACACUCUGUAAUAAAUAUAAAGAUUUACUAUGCAUGUGAUAAAUUUGAGUGCCUCAAGUCAAAAAGAUAGUGAAUUUUGCUACAUAUAAAGAAUGUUAAAUGUAUAAUUUGGGUUUUCUCAUCUUUAAACUGGUUUCUUUUCCAUUCAGGUAUAUUUCUAAAUAUACUUUUGAGUACAUUUUUUUUUUAACUGUCCACAAGCUAUAAAGUGAAAAUACUGUUUUUAAAGUACUAGACCCAGACAUCAACUUCAUCAUUUACCCUUGGAGGGCCUCACAACUUCUAGUGUGGUCUGGUUCUUUCCACUAGAAUUACCAGCAUACAUAAAUUUAUACCCCUUUAUUGUAAUUUGUCCUAACAAUCAAAAGACAGAUCAUUUCAUUUAUUUUAUAAAGGAUUAUAAAACAAGUUUUUGAGGAUUAUUUUACACAUAUUAUAUGGAGAAACAAAUGUUUUUAUUAAAUGUUUCAGUCAGCCAAAUAAUUUUAAAGUAAUAUGUUACAUAUAUCUUUCAGGAAAAAUAAUUGUAGCAACUGAUAUGUAAAUGACUUCAAAAGCUAUUUUAGUAAUUUAAAUAAAUUUACUUUCUUUGUUUGUA